AUGGGCCGUUCCCGUUCUUCCCGCCCGGCCGCUCGCCCCGCCCCCCGCCGCGCUCCUGCGCCCGCCCAGGCCCGUCGCUCGGCGCCUGCUCCAGCGCGCACGCAAGCGGCUCCCGCCCCUGCUCACCCCAGCAGCAGCAGUGGCGGCGGUAUGAUGAGCGGCUUGAUGGGCACGAUGGCUCAGGGCAUGGCCUUUGGAACGGGCAGCGCUGUCGCUCACCGCGCUGUGGGCGCCGUGGCUGGCUCGUUCUCGGGCAGCUCUGACGCUCCGGAGCAGCAGCAAGAGGCCGCCUCGGCACCACACGACCACCAGUCCGCGCAGCCGCCGGCUCAGAACCAGUGCGGCGCGGACCAGAAGGCGUUUUUGGAGUGCCUGAACUCGAACAGCAACGACAUUAGCUCGUGCCAGUUCUUCCUCGACCAGUUUAAGCAGUGCCAGACGCAGCAGUCGAGCGCCUUCAUGUAG